AGAGUGUCGUUCCCCCGGAGCAUAUUAGGAGGUACAUGGCAUCACAGUACGUUCCCUAUCAAUGUGCUUUUGACUUAUUACCCCUCUACUAACUCGUGCUAGUGUUGAAAAGCAAUUGUCAACGGCGUGGGUGCUGAAGUUGCUCUAAGACUUUCUGCAGACCAGCGACUUGGCUCGCAUGACUGAGCUGAAACAAGUCGAACUACCCUCCGAGCGGUCCAAGGCCAAGAUCUUCCUCAACCACAGUCCAUGCGGCAGCAAGUUCUCCAGUGUCUGCCAGGACUUGUUAAGUUCGUUCGUUCGUUCGUUAGAACAGCAAUGGUUCAAGGACAUCGAUACAAAUUUGUUACGUCAUUUCGGAGGAAAUAAUCUGGACGAAGGCAGAACUGCGAAUGUGGGACAAAGGCGAUCUCAAAUUGCAACUAAGAUCUUCCUCAUGGUCUUUGAGAGACCUUGUCCUGCCCAUGACCUUGUCCUUCUUCACGUCACUCUCGUUUUCCUUUUUGGUACAUGA